GACAAUGCCGAUGUGGAGCUGCAGCAGCGAGCCGUGGAGCUACUGCAGCUCUCCCGGGACGAGGAGAACCUGGACCAGGUGCUGAGACCGAUGCCUCCGUCGGAGCCUCGGAUGUUCGCAUUGUCUACGUACGCAGAGAGCGUGCAGAAGAACAACCCUCUGGUCCAGCGCCUGAAAUUCUCGGCCAAGAACAGGGCGCACACACGUGCGGAGCUGGAGGAGGCCAGCAAUCUUUCUCCCUUUGGUUGUUUUCGCAGCGACACAGCGCGAGACGACUGCAAGCUGCGGAUGGUGAUCUUCUUGUCUGCAAAGGCGGCGAAGAGCGAAGGCGGCAUGUACAAGCCAGGCCGUGGAAAGGCCGAGAGCGACGGGAGGAUCAUGGAGCUGCCGGACCCAGGCCGUCCCAAGGCCAGCUCCCCUGCUUCGCCGAAGGUUCAGGAUGCGUCGGGGUCCGAGUCGUCGGACUCCGAGGAAGAUGCUGGACCCGCACGGAGCAACGGCACGGCCGCGGGUGCAGGGAGCAGCCCAAAGGACUUAUGGUCGCAGCUUUGCAUCCUGCCGCAGGGCAGGUUCUACACCUCGCCACAGCUCGUCUUGGAGCUGAAGCAAGAGUACAAUACUGCGACAGGCCGCCUGACGAUUACCUUCGUCAACUCUGCCAAGGCUCCUAUAGGCAACAUCCGAGUCCAGAUUCCGCAGGUGGAUUACAUGCGAAUCCAGACCUUCAGUGAGGUGCCCGCUUCAUUGAAGCCUGGCGAGCAGGCCAGCCACUUCGUCCAGGUUCAGUGCCUGCGCCCCUUCCUACAGCCCGCCAAGUACCUGGUGGAGUACUGCACAGCUCCUGGCGAACCACCUCAGCAGCUGCCGCUGCUGCUGCCCGCCGUCGUGACGAAAUUCAUGACGCCCGCGCAAGUGCAGAUGGGCCAGUUUCGGCCUUUCUUUGAAAGCUUGACGGGGCCGCGGGAGCUCGUGUUGGAUGGCCAGGCCAAAGCUCAGCCGAGCGAGUGGGCCAAGUAUCUGGAGAAGGGCUUCAACAUGUUCGUCCUCCCUGAGAGUGGGCCGACUGCAGCCUUCGCUGCAGGCACGCUGAACACGGCCACGCCUGACCCGCAACAGCCCGAGAAGAUGAUGACCGUCCCUGUCCUUGUCCGUUUGCAGUACGACGGGCGCCGGCUCUUGCGGCUCAUCGUCCGGACCCAGCACCCCGAGGUUACCAACGCCAUCGGGAAGAUCAUGCAGAGCUACCUCCUUGUUCUAGUCUUCCUCGUGGUCGCUUGCGUGGGAGUGGCCGCUGUAGCUUCAGGUGCUUCCAAGGAGCCGACCAUCAAUGGUCCUGUGAUCGGCGUAGAUCUUGGGACCACUUACUCUUGCGUCGGCAUCUACAAGCAGGGCAGAGUCGAGAUACUUCCCAACGACCAGGGAAAUCGCAUCACACCCUCGUAUGUGGCGUUUACUGAUGAAGAGCGGCUCAUAGGCGAGGCCGGAAAGAACCAGGCCGCGGUAAAUCCCACACAGACCUUGUUUGACGUGAAACGUUUGAUGGGGAGACGCUUCAAGGACUCAACCGUGCAGGAGGACAUGAAGCUGCUACCAUUCAAGAUUGUGGAGAAGGGCGGGAAACCGAUGAUCAGCGUCAAGGUGAAGGGUGCGGAGAAGAUCAUGCCUCCGGAGGAGGUGUCCUCCAUGGUCCUCGCAAAAAUGAAGGAGACAGCUGAGAACUAUUUGGGCCAGGAGGUUCAGCAUGCGGUCGUGACUGUACCGGCAUACUUCAAUGAUGCACAGCGCCAG